AUGAAGAGCAUCACACUUGCUUCAGUUAUAGCAUUCCUGAGCAUGUCUUUUCUAGCACAUGCUUUGACUGGCUAUGAUUGUGAAGGAGAAAAUGUUUCACAUGACGUUAUUAUGGGACAUGUUAACAGGAGCUAUGACGAUCGUUUCCGUCAAAAUCUCGGAGAUACUUUAUUCACAAAUAGCGCAAAAUUAAGAAAAGUCGAAUUUCCUUUUGUAUUUUCGGGAACUAAAGCUAGUCAAUCAACUGUUAUAAUUUAUUUCAAUAAUAAAAGAGAAGUCCUAAAUGCGUAUUUUAUGAUAUCUGGCAUUACCAAAAUCUGCACUCCUGUUGAAGAAUAG